AUGGUUGAACUUGCCAGGUCUGAGAGACACCCAGGGGCAGGGCUGCUGCUGCUGAUCGCUAUGACAGGCUACACCGUGAAGGAUGCGUGGAAGUCCGACGUCUUCUUCUCCUGGUCCUAUUUUUCGGGGUGGCUGGCUUUACCUUUUUCUGUUCUCGCGGGCCUGUGCUUUCUGCUGGCGGAUAUGAUCAUGCAGAGUACCGACGCCAUCAGCGGAUUCCCCGUGUGCCUGUGA